CCCCGCAGCUUCCCCCGGUGGCGGCGGCCUGGAGGAGCCGCGCAGCCGCCGCCCCGCGAGCCGCGCAACCGCCGCCGCCCCGCGGGGAAGAUGAGGGCGGAGGGCGCCGACCACUCGAUGAUCAACCUGUCGGUGCAGCAGGUCCUGAGCCUCUGGGCCCAUGGCACGGUGCUGAGGAACCUUACGGAGAUGUGGUACUGGAUCUUCCUCUGGGCUCUCUUCUCCUCUCUGUUUGUCCACGGUGCUGCGGGCGUGCUGAUGUUUGUGAUGCUACAGAGGCACAGGCAGGGGAGAGUGAUCUCUGUUAUUGCCAUCAGCAUCGGGUUUCUGGCUUCGGUAACUGGAGCAAUGAUUACUAGUGCAGCGGUGGCGGGCAUCUACAGAGUGGCUGGAAAGAACAUGGCCCCCCUGGAAGCGCUGGUGUGGGGUGUGGGGCAGACUGUAUUGACUCUGAUCAUCUCCUUUUCAAGGAUCCUCGCCACACUUUGAGGCUUCUGAGAGAAUGUCUACUUUACAAAAGGAAAUGGAUGUACAGGUUCCCUGGGAAUGGCGUUGUCAACCAGCGGAAAGGAAAUUGUACAUGUGUGGACCUAGCAAGUCAAAACCUAGGGAAGGCCUUGAGCAUACUGCAUGGAAAGUCUGCCCUCUGGUGCCCAAGUGAUUGCACUACUGCACUGCACCUUACGUGCCUCUGUCCCAGGCAAGGUGCACCUAGACACUAUGUGAAGCUGCAAGAAAAAGCACCUUGUUUAGCUGCCAAUCAGGUUGACAUUGGUGUUGAAAUCAUUGUUCUAAACAGUGUGGUGUUAAGUUACAGGGACAUUUUGAGAAAAUGAUAUAUGUGCCAAACUUUCCUUUUUGUUAUCAUUGAUCAUGUGACAGUUUGCAAGUGUAGAUGUAGAUGAGUGCUGUGAGUAUACUUGACAUGGAUUCAAGUAAUAUUGUCAGAUUUCUGUUUUGUACUGCUAACUCCCAUAUGAAUGCUAAAUACUGAGUCUUAAUACAAAAGGAAACGUUUGGUUUUAAUGCUGAGUGUUUCUGGGACUCAGGGCUUUAAUAUGUUUAGGUGUUAUUAUUAUUUUAUUUAUGUGAAAAAUAAUAGUCUUUUAAUGGAAGACUAGCUAAACUGGUUGAAGGACUCAAAGUAGACCUGUAGGGUGCAUACUUUUCAGGAACUUAACACCCUUUUAAUAGUUUCCCUCAAAAGUAAUAUUCUAUUUACAUGAAUUUACUUUAUGGGUCACACACAUUGUCACUUGUGUGUCAUAAAAAUAUAAUUUGAAUUUUUCUUAUAAAUUUUGUAAGGAAAGAGUCUGAAAUGCAUGUUGCGUUCUUCAACCCUUCUAAAGAAAGUUUUUGCCUUGUAUCUCAUGGAGAACAUGACUUUAUAAUUAGUAUCGCAGUGGGGUCAUGUCACGUGUUGUAUAUAUCUUGACAAACAAUCUUGCAUUCUGGAGUACUUAGAGAGUGCCUAAAUUAGGCUCUGGAAAUUUUUUUAAAAGCCUCAUUUUAUAGAUAUGUAACAAGUAAGUUACAUAGGAAGAAUAAGAAACAGCUUACUUUGUAUAUGUGGCAGUGUUAUAGUCAUGCUAAGUAAAGAUGGGAAUAGAGUAAAUGAUUUUAAAAGCCGGCAGUUAGUAUGAGUGUAUCAACAUAGCACAGAACCGUCAUCUGAGGGAUUCAUUUCAGGUUCUAGUUCUUAUAAAUUGGUAUGAUUUUAGUUUGUGUUUAUAAAUUAUUAUUUAAGUUAAAUAGAACCUUUGAUGACAUCUAUUAAAAGUGGAAAUGCCCUUUUAUUUAAAAACCUUUUAGGAGGUAUAGACAAUACAGUUAUUUGUUAAGAAUUUUAGAAGCUGAUAAAACAUAGACCCUGGUUGAAUUGAAUAUUUGGUGGAUUGGUAGAGGGAGGUAACCAGGUGGGAUUAUAAAUGUGCU